GUCCGAUAUCUCUUUCCUCUUUCGAGUGGCAGUCAGUAGAAGGAGUGGAAUGCAAUCUCCGCGGAUCUUCGUGCGGGGGGAGACGAGAGACGAUCCCACGACGGUCCCCCCACUCUUGUCUAUCUGGACCCCCGUCCGAGUUCCGGCACCGUGUGAUAGUUAGGGCUUUGCUUUCUAGAACACGGGGACAACGUGGAGAGGGCUGGAACCUGUUACACUCGACGCUGGGCACCAGAGGCACCAGACUGGGGUUGGGGCAUGGCCGAUGAUUUAUGAAUGCCAGUCAAUGGCGUUGCCAGUCCUCGGUGGAGAGCUUAUCAUCGGGUCCGAGCUGGACGGACCCCCAUCCUUGGUCUCAACUUUGACGCCCCACUCAGUUGAUAGUGGUCUCAGGGCUAGAUAUAUGAACACCAUCGGAGGAGGGCCAUGCUGUCCGUGAGCAACCCAUCCAUCAUCCAUCCUCCCACCCACCUGCAACAUGUGGCGAUUGUUUGGCCGCGCGUCCGAGGCCCCCGAGAAGGCCACUCCGCCACGCAGUCUGCCAGCGUCGUGGUAUCGAUCCGAGGCGAUGUACCAGCUGGAGCGACGGGCCAUCUUCUCGCGGCGCUGGAUGUUGCUGACCCACGCCAGUCGGUUCGCCAAACCGGGCGACUUCCUGUCCUUCACCGUCGCCAACUUCGCCUUCUUCCUGACCAAGGACCGCGACGGCCACAUCAACGGCUUCCACAACAUCUGCCGCCACCGGGCUUACCCCGUCGUGCAGGCGCGAUCCGGCACCGCGUCGAUCCUCAGCUGCAAGUACCACGGGUGGUCCUACGGGCUCAAGGGCAACCUGUCCAAGGCCCCGCGCUUCGAGACCGUCCCGGCUUUCGAGCCCCGCCAGCAGGGGCUGCUGCCCGUCCACGUCCACGUCGACCGGGCCGGCUUCGUCUGGGUGAACCUGCAGGCGGGCGAGCCGGAGGUGCGGUGGCAGGAUGACUUCCAGCGCGUCGACGAGCAGCCCCGGAUGCAGGACUUCGACUUUGGCGGCGAAUACACCUUCGAUCACUACUGGGAGAUGGAUCUCGACGCCAACUGGAAGCUGCUGAUCGAGAACUACAACGAAUGCUACCACUGCGCCACCUCCCACCCGCUCAUCAGCGGCGUCUCCGACCUGCCGCGGUACCGCGUGGAGCCCACGGCCGGCUACAUGGAGCACCACAUCUUCAACAAGGACCACGUCGACGCCCAGUUUCGACGGGCCAUCACCUACUUUGAGCCGACCACCUCCGUCACCGUCACGGACAAAUUCUUCUACAUCCAACGCAUGAUCCCCGUGAGCGCGACCACAAGCAAGAUCGAGAACGAGGUCUAUCGGCAUCGAGACGCCACGGACGAGGAGUUCGACAACAUCAACGCCUUCUACCGGCAGGUUCUGGACGAGGACAAGGAGCUGUGCGUUGGCGCGCAGGGGAAUCUGAGUGCGGGGGUCUUUAUCAACGGCGAGCUGCAUCCCAGUAAGGAGAAGGGACCGAUUCAUUUCCAGGAUAACUUGAGGAAGAUGGCCAUGGAGCAUCGGCAGAAAGAGGAAGCCCAAGGGGGCGCAGAGAUCUGGCCGGCGAUACCCAAGGUGACCGGGGACAUGCGGACGGGUAAGCUGGCGGAAGAGGAACGGUUCUGCUCUCAGUUGGAGGCGGCCAGCUGCAUGGCCAAACCGGAGCUCGCGUGGUAG